AUGGCAGCAAUAGCACCCUCACUGGCCUUUCACGAGCCGUCCAUCAUCACAAUCGCAAUCCUAUCCGGCUUCCUUCUGCUCCUCAACACCAUAAACUACGGCCUCGACAAGCUCGUCUACUGUGGUCUGAUCGGCCAGGUCUUCCUCGGCAUCGCAUGGGGAGCCCCAGGGGCAAAAUGGCUCUCCGAUGAGAUGGAGCACUCGAUGUCAACAGGAGGUCUCUCCACGUCCUUCAAGUCCCUCAAAGCAAAUCUUCUACUCUCAAUCGGCGUCGCCGUCACCGGCAUCGCCAUCCCCAUGAGCCUCUCCUUCACCCUAAAUUCUCUCAUCGGCGCCACACCACUGCAAGCCUUCGCCGCGGGAGCAGCGCUCUGCUCAACCAGUCUAGGGACAACCUUCACGGUCCUAGGCACGAGCGGCCUCACUACCACCCGCAUGGGCGUCGUGUUGACCAGCGCUGCUAUGAUGGAUGACGUCGUCGGUCUCAUCAUGGUCCAGGUUGUGUCCAACCUCGGUGGCAGCGGCGGCAGCGCCUUCAACGCCGUGACUGUGGUUCGGCCGGUUCUCGUCUCUCUAGGCUUCGCGACUGUUGUACCGGCGGCGUGUAAGCUCGUCGUGGGGCCGAUCACGCUGCGUCUCAACUCGAUGAGAGAGCAGAGCCCCGGAGCGAGUAUUGACCAGCUUCUUCCCCUAAGACAGACUGCCCUCGUCAUCCAUACGUGCUGGCUAUUCGGGCUCAUUGUGGGUGGGGCUUUUGCUGGGACCUCGACCUUGCUUGCGGCAUACAUCGCGGGUGCUACCAUCAGUUGGUGGGACAGCGAAGUGCCUCAUCUUGCAACUCGGGCCAAGGGCAAGCAAAAGGCACCUAUCACUGGGUACGCGUCUGCCUCAGCCGACCAGAAAGCUACCAUUGCAGACACGCCGGGGCAAUCGAGUUCCGAGAGCCCAGCUGCGGGCCCUCCGGAUUCUGGCAAUAGGGAACCCGAUGCCUACACCUCUGGCAUUAAAAUAUACGAGCGUUACUACAGCAAGGCCGUUGAGCACGUGCUGAAGCCAUUCUUCUUUGCAUCCGUCGGUUUCUCAAUACCGAUAACAAGAAUGUUCUCCGGUCCCAUUGUUUGGCGUGGAAUUGUCUACACUAUCCUAAUGAUGGCUGGCAAGCUGAUAUGUAGUGUUUGGCUGCUGCCUUUUGCCAGCCCGCUCCAAGCCGUGCAGCGGAUCGCCAAGAAGGUUUCCGGGGUCAGGGGCCAGCAGUCGAACAAGCUCGCACCCGGUACGCAGUGUGCAGGGACGCCAUCAGAUUCGAGGGCGAGCAACAAUCGAACUUCCCCACAACAGCAGCCACAGCAGGAACAGGAGCAGUGUCAGGGUGCGCAAGAGGGUCAAACGGAAGAGGUACUUCUUCAACCGUCCGACUCGCGACAGGCCGGAAAAACUCCGAAAAAUGCUUCUCCAAAGCCGGAGAUGCCCGUAUCCGUGUAUCCGGCUUGCAUUCUUGCCUUCGCAAUGGUCGCUCGUGGUGAGAUUGGCUACUUGAUCUCUGCAUUGGCGGAAAGCACUGGCAUCUUCAGCGGCGGGUCAGGUGCACCUGAUAAUCCUUCGGAGAUGUUCUUGAUUGUGACAUGGGCCAUCACUCUGUGCACAAUCGUUGGACCCAUUUGCGUCGGUCUGCUUGUGAACCGGGUAAAGCGGCUCGAGGCGCACAGUGGGAAAGGCUCGAACGGAAGUGGACGGAACGUUCUCGGGGCCUGGGGUGUAGAAUAG